AUGCUGCUGAAUUUUUCAGAAGUAAACAAGGAAUCUAAAAAUGUAGUGCUGGCAUUCUUCCCGGGAUCAACUCGAGAGAUAAACAAGCAGGCCCAAAUGUACUACUUCUACAUCCUACGUUUUGCGUUGAAAUUCGGUUUAAACGCAUUACGAUAUGCAUUCAAAUUUGAUCGCAGAAGUUGUCAAUUUUCCUAUGAUGGAGAGCUUGAAAAUGAGGGAGUUCCUGAUCAACAGGCUGAUCUCCCAGAGGAAAUGAUGGAAGAAGCUGAAACAUCCAGAUAUGAUUCGAAGGCCGGCAUCAUCUCAAUGGAUCACACUCCAGAUGUUCCAUUCGGUGAGCCAUCAUGUCAUCCGGAGCCGUUCGACGAGGAAAACGGAGUGAAGCCACAAAUGCCUAUUCUUGUUCCAUUCGCAGCACCUCACUAUGAGCCGCAAAGUCUGCCAGAAGAAGUCGACCGACAAGUGCCACCACCAAAUGAUUGGAUUAAUGCACUCCAGAUAGUUGUUGAGUACAAUAAAGGUCGUUUCAGGAAGCUGGAGGCGGAAGUUCGAGAAUUGAAGGAAGAAAUUCGCAGAAGAAAGACUCAAGUGUAA